UUUUUGGAAGUUUUUUCCCCAGUAAGUCUUCUCUCUGAACAGAAGAAUGGAAAAAGGCGACCAUGUCCACCACUCGCCCCGCCGCCACCACCAGGACAUCGUGGAGCUUCUUGAGCUCAACUGGUUCGCCGGAAACGUCCUGUACCGAUCGACCUCGGCCGCCGCCCAUCCGACUCAACCGCUUCCCAGCGCCCCUCCUCCUCCAGCUCCACGGGAACGUUCCAAAUCCCUCAAUCGAGACGUGACGUUGCUGGCCCUCCCCCUCCGAUCUGUCCGGCACAACUCUUUACCGGAGCCCCUGCUUCCGUUUUUGCCGGAGAGUCAGACCCCGUUUUCGCCGGAUUCCGUCCUCCAGACAAGGAAAUUGGAGACGAUUAUCUCCGGGAAGACGUACGACGCCGAUGAUGAAGAGGGCCUGGGGCCGGCGAGUAGCAUCCCAGUGGUGGAAUCUCCGCCGAGACGGCGGCGGGCAAGAAGGAUCAUGAGGAGGCGGCGGGUUAGCCGCAGCUUGUCGGAGCUGGAGUUCGAGGAGGUCAAGGGGUUCAUGGACCUUGGGUUCACCUUCCCGAGUAAUGACGUCAGCCCGACUCUUGCGAGGGUAGUGCCGGGCUUGCAGAGGCUCGGCAUCGGGGCGGAUUCAGGGGCCGCCGACGGCGACGGAAAGCAAGAGGCGGUCGAGGAAGAAGAGGAGGGGAGGAGGAGAAGGCCGUAUCUCUCUGAAGCGUGGGAUUUCUACGAUCGGCUGAAGUGUCCAUUGGAGGGGUGGAAGUUGCCGGACGAUGCCGACGGGGUCGAGAUGAAGGAGCACCUAAGGACGUGGGCCCACCGGGUGGCCUCAGCCGUUAGAUGACCGCGAUGGACGGCGUUGGUAAACAAGAUAAAUGGAGAUCGAGAGGGAGAGAGGCUUAUCUUGUCAAUUGUAAAUUGGACCGCUUGUUAGAGGGAAUUGCAAAUCAUACCUUUUUCUGUAAAAAAAAAAAUGAUAUAUUUUUUUUUUGUGUUUUUCAUUUAAAGGAAAUAUUGUUUUCACGGAUAAGAGCAAAUGUCUUAUCAAAAUUCUGGCCAAAUCUAUAUUUGUCAUCUUUGUGCCUUGAGUUUUUUUUAUUCUCUCUUUUCUUUUGUUUUCUUAAAAAUACUUCAACAACAAAGAGUUUUCCUCUUUAAAGAUCAAUUAUGUCUUUAUUCGACAAGAAAAAUUUUUCAACUUGACCCUUAUGCUCUUGCAUCGCAUGAACACAAAGAAAAAAAAAAUUACACAUCCAAACGUGGACUUUCAAUGAUUCUAUUUCACAAAUUUGGAAGUUUUUUUUUUUGUGAACAAGAAUGAAAAGGUUUGAAGGUCUUAUUUUCCUUGCUUUGGUGCCUUUGGGUUGUAUCAGAAGACAACUAUCCAUGCCUCACCAGACAAAUUUGUAAGCUUGUGAGCGCCAGAACUGCAAUGGAAAAUCUUUUAAAUCA